CAGCAGCAGCACCGACUGACUGAGGAACGGACGGACUCUGACCGCCUGCUGCUGGAGACAAGGAGAGAGAGGCGGAGGACGCAGAGGGAGAGAUAGGGAUAGAGAUGCCGGUCCACCUGCGCCUCAACGAGCGCGACACGUCGCGCAACCCGCACAUCAACUUCGUCACGGCCCUGCCUGGCCCGCGCCACGACGAGGCCCUCGCCAGGCUCCAGCAGCUCGCCGCCAUGGUGCGGCCCCUCAUGCGUGCCGAGGGCUUCCACGUCAACUCGCUCGAGGAGUACGAGUGGAACCGCGAGUUCGCGGGGCGCAACUGGAACAACGGCGAGGUUGUCGAGCUCGUCCUCACGACAAAGGACGGCGCCUGGAUGCCGCUGCAGCUCGUCCUGUACGUCUUUUGCCACGAGCUCGCACACAUCCGGUACAUGAACCACGUCCCGUCGCAGCACGGCGCACUGACGCGCAAGCUCAAGCAGAUGGCCCUCGACAAGCAGCGCCAGGGCUACUUUGGCGACGGCUUCUGGUCUUCGGGCCGGCAGCUCGCCCAGGGUUUCCAGCGCGAGGGGUCGGGCAUGCACCAGCGCGCACCCGACGACCAGCUGCCCAACGAAGUCUGCGGCGGCGCCUUUCGACGGGCUGCUGCGCGAGGGGGAGGCGCACGAGGCAAGCGGAGGGCCAGAUCGGGCCGAGCAUCAGGCGGGGAGAAGCGGCCCAGGCGGAAGUUCCAAGGCCCAAGCCUACACACGGGCGCACAGACGAGCCGCAACCUCAAGCCUGGCACCGCCGCGAGGAGGGUCGACAUCAGGGUAUCCGCCACGCCUGGCGCCACGCCCGAGUCCAGCAGCCGCGUCGACGGGCGCAACCACCUGCCGACGGCCAGCGCACGCGAUGCGAGCUACAAGCUGGACGACAACAGCACCUUUCGCAAGCGCACGCAGAGCAGAGAGGCGCGCGAGAAGCGCGCAAUGGCUGCCAUGGCGCGCCUGGGCCAGCUCGGCUCGCUUCCUUCUCCUCUGCCGCGGCCCAAGAGUGAGGCGGUCCAGGUCAAGCUGGAGACGAUGCUGGCUGCCGGUGGCUCGACUGCUUCGCUCGGCCAAAUCAGUGGGAUCAAAGAAGAGGAGCCUAGUCAAGCCACGGACAAUGCCGGCGGGCAGAGACACGCCCAAGCUGAGGAAGACAGCGAGACGGAGGAGGAAGAGGAAGAGGAAGAAAGGAACGGCGCACAAGACGAAGACAGCGAGACAGAAUUCGAAGAGGAGGAUGGGGAAGGAGCGACCUACAUCAGCGACGAUGAUCUCGACAAGCUUGUGGGCGACGACCUUGACGACGGACAGCAAGGCGGGCAUACGCGUGGAUCGAGAGAAACACAGGAGCAGAGGCAGAGGCUACUCGAGCGCUAUCGCAGCAUGGAGCAAGCCGAGGCAGGCGAGGGCCAACAGAGGGGAUGGACUGGCUUUUUCGACGAAGACGACGACGACGACGACGACGGCCAAGUUCAAAACAGCACUGAGAGGCACGACAAUCAGACGCACGUCAAGCAGGAGAACAACGACGGCGCAGAAGACGACAUUGAGCUCGUCGGUGUCAGCUUUGCUCCUGCUCCAGCUCCAAGGGCCAACGGCAGGUCUCCCUCGUCGGUCAGGCCUACACCCACACCAGGCGCCACUGCUCAACACAGCGCCUCCUCAUCCGCUCCUGCUACCAAGGCCCAGGAGUGGACUUGCCAGUUGUGCACCCUCGUCAACGACGCCUCUCAGUCAAGGUGCGCAGCCUGCGAGACGACGAGGGGGAAGACGACUCUCGGAGCGUGAUAAAAUACUGUACAAUUAUAUGCAUCA